AAACGCGGGUAGGCUAGGCGGUAACGCGCACCUGACGCGGAGCUGGAGACUAACGACGACGGCCUUGGAGGUGUGCUGCUACAUGGCGAUCCUCCGGCGUUAGUGAAUUGAAGGGUGCAUGCUCCUCAGCAACGCGGACCCGAGGGCGCAGAGGGACCUACACAGAGACAUCGGUUGGCUGCAGAUGGGCUGUCGUUGCUAGGCGAGAUGAUGCAGAGUGCAGAGCGUGGUCGUGUUGUGCUGCAAUAAUGGUGGUGGAGGGAGGAAGUCUGCUCUCGCCAUGCUCUGUCCGGGCCCGCCAUUUGUAGCACCGUCACGUGCCUGCGAUACCCCACCGUUCCAUUCGUGUCAGGGAUCAGCGAGGGUGGCGGCAUCGCAGCUCCCGAGCACUUCUCAGACAACCACAGAGUCGAGUCCGGGCGGCCAGCGCUUCUCCUGCAGCCCGACCCUUGUUAAUCAUGCAGUUACCACCGGAGCAUGUCUCUCCCUUCUCCCGCUCCCUCUCUCCUCUCCGCUCUUUCUACUGUGUACUGUUCAUUUCUGGCCCCUUCUCACGAUGCGAGACCCUAUCCCCGCGCCGGCGCCCAUCGUCGAGCUCACGAAACCGCUUGCCGAAAAGCUCUCGCUGAGCACCCUGCCCAACCAUGCGCACGAGAUCCUGAUCGGCUUCCUCUGGUACCACUUCAUACUAUACUACCUGUCGCCAACGCUGUCGCGCGCUAUAUGCCCGAACAUCUACAACAGCUUCAACAAGCGGACGCGGUUGAACUGGGAUAUUCACUGGGUCUCGAUGAUCCAGGCCCUGCUCAUCAACAGCGCUGCGCUGUAUGUCAUCUUCACCGAUGCUCAGCGGAAAGAGAUGGACUGGAAGGGCAGGUUGUGGGGAUACACGCCCGCUAGCGGUAUGGUGCAGGGCUUCGCGGCAGGGUACUUCCUCUGGGAUCUCCAAAUCUCAUCUCAGUAUAUUGCAUUAUCUGGAGUGAGCGCACUGCUACAUGCUGUCGGUGCUCUAGCUGUUACAUGUAUUGGUUUCAGACCCUUCGGAAACUAUUAUGGCCUCUCCUUCGUCCUCUACGAACUGUCAACGCCCUUCCUCAACAUCCACUGGUUUUGCGACAAGCUAAAUCUUACGGGGUCGAAGUUCCAGCUGUUCAACGGGAUCGGCCUGCUCAUCUCCUUCUUUGCGUGUCGGCUCGUCUGGGGCACCUAUCAGUCAAUUCUCAUAUACUCGGACAUAUACACAGCGUUGACGACGGCAUCCUCGAGUCCCAUGCGGUCUUUGCUGGACGAUAGCAAAUGCGAGGGGAACGUGAGCGGUGUGGGCAUUCGAGGCCCUGCUAGCUGCGAGGUUGGCGAGCUGCCCAUGUGGUUAGUCACCAUAUACUUGAUCGGCAAUACUUCUCUGAGCCUGCUGAACUUUUAUUGGUUCAGUCAAAUGAUCAAGGCUGUGAGGAAGAGGUUUGUCCCUCAACAAGAGGCGAAAGCGAAUGGAUAUGCAAAGAAGAGCCAGUAGAUGGCGGUUUCUCAAAUGCGUUACGAGCAGCGGGAGCACUGUGGUGGAAAUUCGAACCUAGAGAAGUAGGGUCCAGUCAGCAAAUCUCCAAGCCGAAAGAAUCGAAUAGCGUGGUUGAAGGACCAUCAUCCAGAGGCCCCUCGGUUGUGUCGUCGCAGGAUCCUGGGGUAGGUGGAAAGCAGUCAAGAAUUUUAUUUUU